AUGCAAUGUCUGCUGCGCCUCCAAGAGAUCUUUCAGUCCAUAAAGCCGACUCAGGUGGGCUUCGAGAUCAGAGUGGUUCGGCGUGUCCACUCGCCGCAAGACGCUCUCGCUUUCUUGAGGGAACUCGAGAAGAAUAACAGAUGGGCGCGCAAGUACGUGGUUCUCGACUGCAGUUCAGACAUGGCCAAGGACCUUAUCAUUGGCCAUGUAAGGGACAUUCAGAUGGGACGCCGGAACUAUCACUAUCUUCUGUCUGGCCUCGUGAUGGACGAGCGCUGGGAGGAGAACGUGAAGGAAUUCGGUGCCGUCAACAUCACGGGCUUUCAGGAUCGUCGACACGUCUCGGCCCUUCGUCAAGGACUUCAUCAGAACGUGGGCCACUCUCGAUCCCAAGGUGUUCCCCGGCGCCGGCAACAAUUAUGUCUCGGCACAAUCAGCGCUCAUCUACGACGGUGUGAGGGUGGUUGCCGAGGCGUUCACUCGAGUUCAGAGGAAGGUCGAGAACUUCAGCGAGUUUCUCUCGAGCCAGAGGAUCACCUGCGACGCCCACGAAGGAGACCAGGCCACGUGGGAGAAUGGGGAGAAGGUCGUCAGGAUCUUGAGGAAGGUUGAACUCGAGGGUCUGACCGGGAACAUCAGCUUCACCGACGAAGGCAAGAGGAAGGACUAUUCCCUGGAUGUGGUGGAGAUGACAUUCAACAGCGAGACGGUCAAG